CCAACCACACAACAACCGUUGGAGGCCCUCUAUUGUAGACAGGCCUUCCAAUAACUAACUUCCCCUUGACCACUCAGUGACAUAAUUUCACCUUCCAAACAACCACCUUUCAAAAUUGAAAAACUUUCCCUCUAAAAACACCUCCAUCCCAAUUCAACAAAGCUAUUGCAAUCCCCAAAACAUGCCUUCGCCUUCUUGGCAUUCUUCGUCGUCGACAUUCAGUGGACCAAAUUGUAUUGCCUUUGCAUUAGUUUUCGCUGCAUCCGUCUCUGUCUUGAAUGUUGUUCAUGGCUUCUCUGCAAAACCAGUCAUUGACUCUCCUCUCUUGACGCGUAAGAUUGGCACUAAUCGUACCAUAAUGGUUGAUAUCAAUGGGAAAGGGAACUUCAAAUCCGUCCAAGCAGCAAUUGAUUCUGUUCCUGAAGGGAAUUCUAAUUGGAUUAUCAUCCAUGUUAGGAAAGGGAUUUACAGAGAGAAAGUGCAGAUCCCGGAGAACAAACCCUUUAUAUUCAUGAGAGGGAAUGGAAAAGGUAAAACAGCAAUCGUGUGGUCCCAAAGCUCUACUAACAACACCGAGUCUGCCACUUUGAGAGCCGAAGCUUCAAACUUCAUUGCCUUUGGUAUUAGCUUUAAGAAUGAGGCACCAACCGGGGUUGCUCAUACCUCUCAAAAUCAGUCAGUGGCAGCAUUUGUGGGUGCAGACAAGGUUGCAUUUUACCAUUGUGCAUUCUACAGCACCCACAACACUCUCUUUGAUUAUAAAGGCAGGCAUUACUAUGACACUUGUUACAUUCAAGGCUCUAUUGACUUCAUAUUUGGUCGUGGACACUCCAUCUUCCAUAGUUGUGAGAUCUUUGUAAUUGCAGACAGAAGGGUGAAGAUUCGUGGGUCGGUAACAGCCCAUCAUAGGGAGAAUGCAAACGAAGACAGUGGAUUUGUGUUUAUUAAAGGGAAGGUGUAUGGUGUUGGUGAUGUGUAUUUAGGUAGAGCUAAAGGUGCCUAUUCCAGGGUAGUUUUUGCAAACACCUAUAUCUCCAAGACCAUUACACCACAAGGAUGGACUAAUUGGAGCUACUCCGGCAACACAGAAAAUCUAUACCAAGCAGAAUACAAGUGUCAUGGACCGGGAGCUGAUUCCAAAGAUCGCGUGCAUUGGUCAAAACAACUCAGUGACGAAGAAGUUGCUCCUUUUCUGUCUAUAGACUUCAUCAAUGGCAAGGCAUGGCUUCUGGCAUGGCUAUGAUCAAAGUUCAACACCAGUGAAGAAUCGAUGCCAGUGGGUAAUCCAAUAAUUUAAGUCUUCUAAAAAUCUGAUUAACUAACAUUAAUAUACAGUCUGUAACCAUAUGAUAGAAUGAAGCUUGGUUGAUUUAAUCAUUUAAGUCUAAUAAAAGCCUGAUAAACUAACAUUAAUUUGCAGUCUGUAACCAUAUGAUAAUAUAGAGCUUUAGUUAGAUAAACUUUCAGUUACUAAGCUACUUGUACAU